UUGGCUCUUCAAGCGAUAGCAUUUGUAAAUCGGAGCUAAAUUCUGCUCUCUGUACCAACUACUCUAAUCAAGUGUUUUUUUGCCCAUACACCAUUUAAUAAACAAAAAAACCAAAAAAAAAAAAAAACGGAAGAUGAUGCUACUAAGACGUUGCAACAAACUGACACUGCGUCCAUGGGUUCGCCUUUGCUCCGCCGAGUUGAUCCACAAGGAUGGCUUUAUCGAGAAACUGCGCCACAGCUUCGAUGAGGAUGAGCGCAGUAAUCUGGUGGUGCCCACGUUCAAGAAGGCCAUGCUCUAUCCGGACGAGAUUGCGGUGAAAGACAUUACCGGGGAGUACACCUAUUUCCAGUUGUACCUGGCCGCCAAGCGCCUGGCCAUUCAGAUCUCCAAUAUUUGUGGCAGUGCCUCGCUGUCGAACGUUACGUACUUGUGCUCGAACAACGCCCUGUGGAUCGCCAUACAGUGGAGCUGCUGGAUCUCGGGUCAGGUGGCGGUGCCCCUGGAAUCUGGCCAGGCAAUGGAACAACUACGUGACCAGGCGACCAGUUGCAAGACCAAGCUGUUGAUAGCCACGCCGGAGUUCGAGUCCCUGGCCCAGGAAUUGUCGCAGGGUCUGCAGUCGGCCACCAUUAUAUUGGAUCACGCAUUCGUGCCAACGGCGGAGAGUGUCUCUUCGACCACGAUGUACGCGAAACAACUGCUGGGAACCCAGGGAGUCAUCCUCACGGAGAGCACGCUGCCAAGUGACUUCUAUGCCAAGGCGCCUGCCAUGCUGAUCUAUACGCCCAAUGCGGUGAAUAGUCCCAAGGCGGUGUUGCUCACCCACCGCAAUAUCGAUGCCCAGAUGCGAUGUCUGAUCGGAAGCUGGCGUCUGGGACCCACGGACUGUAUGCUCCCCAUUCUCUCCAUGAACCGAAUGCAUGCCGCCUUGGGCGCAGUGCUCAAUGUGGGCGGCAAUGUUGUGCUGCAGCAGAAGUUCGAUGGCCACAAUGCCUGGAGUGCCCUGUUGGGCAUUAACAGUCCGUCGAAGCAGCGCGUCACGCUCUUUUUGGCCAUGCCCAUUGUCUACAAGCGACUGAUUGCCGAGUACGAGAAGAUGUUCGCCAAGGACUCGCGGAUGGUCGAGUACAUUGUGAACCAUUGCCGGCAGAAGAUCAAGCUGAUGGCCACCGCCUUUGCCCUGCUGCCGGACUCGGUGUUCUACCGCUGGCGUGAGAUUACGGGCCAGAACAUUUACGAGUACUACGGGAUGAUGGAAACGGGCCUCGUUCUCGGUCAUCCCCUGGAAGAACCCCCUCGCGAUGCAGCUAAUAAUGCCAGUGCCCCUGCGGGAUCAACUGUUCAAAGCAAUACCCCGCCCAACGACUAUCGUCCGGGGACUUUGGGGGCUCCCCUGAAAGGAGUGACAGCCCGUUUGAUCGGCAAUAAGGGCAACGAACUGAUAACCUGCAAGAACGAACUCGGCGGCACUGUGGAUCACGGUCUCAUCCAAGAGGAAGACAUCGGCGGCGAGACUUCGUUGGCCCACACGGUGAUUGGUGAGCUUCAGAUAGCCGGGCAGCAUCUGGUGUCCAAUUCGUUGGCCAGCGAUAACCAGCAAAUGGAACCGGGAGCAACCAGCCAGCAGGAGAUUGCCCAAGAUGGCUUCUUCAGAACCGGCGACAUUUGCGCCUACCAGAACGGACACUUUUACUUUCUGAGCAAAGCGAGUGAUGUCUUCACCGUCGGCGGCUACAAGGUUUACGGUUCGGAAAUCAAGAAGGUUCUCAUCUCACACCCGAACAUCAACGAUGUGGCUGUGCUGGGCAUUCCCAACAAGUUGUGGGGCCAUCGACUCGGUGUCAUCUGCAUUGUAUCGCCGGAUGCGGAUAUCGACUUGGAUGCGAUCAAGACGUACUGCUAUCGCCACUUGCCGGCCCACAAGUGCCCAACUGUUUUCAAGACUCUGGUUUCCAAAUAGAUGCGUGUCCAGGCCCCCUUAAAACUAGUCUUAAGUUCCACUUGUCGUGGCCUAAGCUACAAAUUCAUGUGAUGUUUCGCUACAUUGUAGAAAUGGCUUUCUUUGUCAUAACACUAAUAAUAAUUGUAAUAUUUUCAAUUCA